CAACACCCCAGAGAAGACAAGAAUAUGGAAAAAAAAAGUGAUAACCGCAAACGGAAAGAAAACAAGACUGAAGAACAAACAAAAAUAGGGGACUCAGCCCCAUACAAAAGCAGAGAAUAUCAAGAGAG